AUGUUCAAAUUUGAAAAGCCAAAGAUUUUACGGAGCCACACAAUAUCAGCUAUAUCUCCUGAACUGGUGACUUAUGGCUAUUAUGAAUUUCACAAACACAUCAUCGACAAUUGCCAAACUCGAUAUACCGCCACCUUCAAUGAAUAUUUACCGAGCUCUUUUGUAUCGAGUUUUUCGCCCUCUGAGGAGGUGAUCUAUAAUCUUCCAGGUUAUACGAGCUGCAUAAAGCUGAGGCAGGAGGUCGAGUUUUACGACAAAUACUAUUGCGUUGCCGCCGCUGCACUGACAUGUGUAACACAGUACGUCUAUGGCGUUGACUGCAUCUUAACUGAUGAUCCUACCAGAGGUGGUUUUGAACUGCUGUACAGGCCUGUGGACAUCGAAAAUAUAUCUAGGUGGUUUCAUCCUUAUACGCUGAGCGAUACAACUAAAAGUUAUAGCAUAACUUUUACCCGUGUACUUUUAAGUGCGUGGCAUUUGAGUCAGCACAUUUCUGAUCUCAACUUACUCACAGACCUUGUUUUAUUGAUAACUGCAAGUGAGCUAGCCCCAUCUGGGACUAUACUGACUGAAUUGGACACUCAACUCGACGUUAUUGAGGUAGCAAAAAGGUGCGUCCCUGUCAAGGUUUUACGGACUGUUGAAAGUAUAAUGAGGCAAAGUCACGAAGUUAUUGCUUGGCCGCUGGACUUGCGUCAAAUGGACAUGCAUUUCGAGCCAGGAGGUAUUCUAAAUGCGGUUUCGAACUCAAUACCCUUGAGUCGUAGCAUAGUUAUGGCUGCUAGGCGAUCCUCUAGGGGAACAUAUAUCAGCAGGGUGCUACCUGUUGUAGAGUGUAGCUACAAUUCGUCAAAUGAGUUCUUGCGCAGUUUCAGCUACUACAAAAGACUCUUCGCGAAGGUUGCUGAGCCUGGUUUACGACAUUUCUUGUCUGAAAAGGGAUACAAAGUACGAAUUCCUCACGUUGUUUAUCCCUUCUUAGCAUUCCUAGCGUUGUUCGCUAUAAUCGUACUAGAAGAGGGUCUUAGGAAAGCGCCAUGGAUUACAGUUGAUGGAGUCGAUCCAACUUCUUUAACAUCCCUCGUGUUGGUUAUUGAAGGCCUUCUGCUCGCGCUAUUAGUUUCAACAACUGCACGAAAUUGGAGCUGGUAUGAUAUGAUCAGAGGCGUGAUAUACUAUGAAUCCUAUCAAGAAAUACCAAGCAUAAUCCGGCCUUCGAUAAACUUGAACAUGUUUAUGGUACAUCUGUUAUGGUAUAAUUCAGAAUAUGCCAAAUGCCUAGACAGUUAUGAUUCUUGCUCACUGAUGGUGGAGCGAGAAGGGUCAGCUACAAUACCCAGAGCUGUUACAAUGGAAGAGUUUGUCGCCUCUGGACAUGUCGUAUUUCGGCAUCAGGACAUCUUCUUGGCGGUGAAGCUAAAUUACGAACAAAAUGUUACUACGGGAAUUUCCAUGAUGGGGUUUGACAGAGGAUCCUUUAAAAUACACAUGGAACCGUGUGGUGUAAACGUAGCAACUGGCUACGUCGUUGAAUGGAAGGAGCGGCAAUUGUACAGCAUAGGAGCAUCCCUCCCAAGCCACAUGGGUUUUCCUAACACGACAUUACCAACAUCCUUUAUCGAAAGGCUAUGUCCAGGAAAUACUUUGAUGGGAAGUCCUGUCAUGAUUAACCCACAACAAACUGAGAACGAGGCGCUUCCAGUCGCCGGUAACAAGAUUGACUGCGUGCACCAGAUUGUCAAAAUUCAAGACGAUAAAAUCUGUACGAAGGACAAAUGGGAAACCACAGCUUGCUGA